AUGGUUUGCAUUCCGCAAUUUACACCAGUCACAUUCAAAAUCGACGAAGAUAAUCCAGCGUUCAAGUUUUGCGUUGAAGACAUACUUCGCAGGAUAAAGAACAUGGGACCAGUAGUAGAUACUAACGAGGCAAUGCGGUGUGAAUACAUUUCGACAAUCUUGCAUACAUCUGUUAGUCUUCUCGAAGGUUUGGUCAUCUCUCCUCAGGCCGAUAUAGUUGGCGAAGAAAUUACUGGCCGUGUCGACUAUGUGAUCAAAAAAAUAAUCAAUGAAAUGUUGGAAGAAAUUAUUUGCAUAACCGAGGAUGAAUCUAGAUAUGAUCAAGAAAAAGCGGAAGGUCGACGAAACAUUCGAAGCCGACUAUAUGACUAUGUCUAUGGUAUAGUCAGUACCGGAACAGACUGGUACUUUAUCCUUCAUACUACCGACGCCAACUAUUGUACUAGUAAAAGCGAAUACCGCAUCUCGCUCACAGAAGCCGUCCUCGAAGAUGAUACCGAGUUGCGAAAAAGUGUUAAGAGGAUUUAG